CGGUGAGGCAGACUGGAGAUGUUUGUUGUAGAGCGGUUCAGUGUAGAUUUUCAUGUUUUAAAUUAUUUUUUGAAUAAAUUAUUUAGCUAGUUUGUGUGUUUUUCAUGCUGCAGAAGAAUUGUUGAAUAUAUAAUUUGUGCAUAUAAUCUAGAAAUUGAAGGGAAAUUUUGAUUAUUGAGCUUGCUUUUGAGUUUGUUUUGCGAGGACAAUUUCACGAUUGGUGUACGUCCUUUAAAACACUUUGCGCUUCCUCAUAAAAAUUUCAAGUCCUUUUUCUUAUUUUCGUGAUAUUAUAAAGUGCUAAACGAACAUGUUUAAUGAACAAUAUGAAUAGAAUAGUUUCCAGUGUUAUUUUGUCACAGAAUUCAAUGUUUUGUUAGGAAAAAGUGAACCUUUACUUUUAUAACCUGACUACGUAAGCAGAAUUUGCAUUGAUGUGUCAAUGCUCCUUUGACUAAGUUAGAAAGCAAGAUUGUUUCUGACGUUUCAUUCUUUGUUGGAUAACUGUUAUCGUACCUUGUCAGUGGAGCUUUUUACACUUAGAUCGUCACGAUGUGGACUUCACAAAGUACUAAUUCAACCGCCUCGAGUGCGACCACUCAAAAUUCUUCAAAUGCUCAAAAUUUACGCACUUUAGGCAUGACUUCUGCAAUUAGUGUGGCAGAACCAAAACCUAGCGAUAUUACACGAACAAAUGAGCUGAAGGAGGCUCUGAAACCUUAUAAUGUUUUCGAAUCCGAAGAAGAAUUAAAUCACAGAAUGGAAAUUUUAAGUAAAUUAAAUGCUCUGGUUAAACAGUGGAUUAAAGAUGUUAGCAUCGCUCGCAAUAUGCCAGUAAAUUGCGCAGAGCAAGUUGGAGGAAAAAUUUAUACAUUUGGAUCCUACAGGUUAGGCGUUCAUCACAAAGGAGCCGAUAUUGAUGCACUUUGCGUGGUACCUCGACACAUUAAUAGAAACAAUUAUUUCACUUCAUUCUUUGAUUUAUUAAAAAGUCAAUCGGAAGUGACAGAAUUAAGAGCCGUUGAAGAAGCUUUUGUACCAGUUAUCAAAAUGAAUUUCGAUGGAAUUGAAAUUGAUAUGCUAUUCGCUAAACUGGAUCAAAAGGAAAUUCCCGACGAUCUCAGAGACGAUACUCUCCUUAGAAAUCUCGACCCAAAAUGCGUGAGAAGUCUUAAUGGAUGUCGAGUUACGGACGAGAUACUUCGUUUAGUACCUAAUAUAGAAAAUUUCCGCUUGGCAUUACGAGCUAUUAAAUUAUGGGCAAAAAAACAUGGAAUUUACAGUAACGUAUUAGGAUAUCUCGGAGGUGUUUCCUGGGCAAUGUUGGUCGCUCGUACAUGCCAACUUUACCCGAAUGCAGUGGCAGCGACUUUAAUAGAAAAAUUCUUCCUCGUAUUUUCGCAAUGGCAAUGGCCGCAGCCAGUUCUUCUGAAGCAACCCGAUAAUGUUAAUUUAGGAUUUCCAGUUUGGGAUCCGCGAGUGAAUAUAGGUGAUAGAUUUCACUUAAUGCCGAUAAUAACGCCCGCGUAUCCACAGCAAAAUUCCACAUUUAACGUUUCAAUGUCGACGCGAACGAUAAUGCAAGACGCUUUUGAGAAUGGAUUGUCAGUGACGGAGGAAAUAAUUAUGGGCAAAGCAACGUGGGAUAAACUCUUUGAACCGCCAAAUUUCUUCACUAAAUACAAGCACUAUGUUAUUUUACUUGCAAGCAGUUUGCAAGCCGCCGAUCAAUUGGAAUGGUGUGGUCUUGUUGAAUCGAGAAUUCGUCAUUUAAUUGGUCAAUUAGAAAGAUAUCCAGCAAUCACGUUGGCACACAUUAAUCCCGAGGCGUAUCCACCACUUGAACCUGAUCCUGAGAAACAGUGCUCAAUGUGGUUCAUUGGUUUGAGCUUUGCGAGAAGUGAAAAUUUGAAUGUCGAUCUCACGUACGAUAUUCGAAAUUUUGUCGAUACCAUUUAUCGACAAGCUAAUCAGAAUAAUUCUUUCAAGGAGGGAAUGUUCAUUGAAGCAAAACACGUGAAAAGGAAGGAUUUAAGUGCAUAUGUUCCCACAGCGUUGCUUAAAAAGGAAAAGAAGCAGGUUUCUGGAGGUCUGCAAAGAAACGGAAGUAUUGGAGGAAUCUCGCCAAGGAGUCAAACUAUUCUCAACAGAAAACGAUUAUCCGAUCAAAAUGUCGAUGCAGUUAGCAAAAAAAGAAAAACACUUGAAGCCGAACAACAAAUUACACAGGGUGAAGAUGGAUCGUUGGUAGUGAAUUGCGGAGACGACAGCAAUUCUGGAUUCAGUUUAGACGAAUAUAAACAAAAUUUAACGUCUACGAAAGAUGAGGGACCUGCAGGUGGGUCUGCCGUUGCACAGGAAGGAUUUGUGUGCACUUGACCGCAGAGUAAAUCUACCUCAAGACGAACGUCAUACGCUCUGCUCGGCUGUUUGGAA